CUAUGAGCUUUCAAUGUUUCACUUAUUCGUACAUCUAGUGACUCCAAUACUGACACAAAGAAGCGCGACUGCACAAUAAAGCGAUGCCUGACUAGAUGACCGUCCAACAUCCUCGUUGGUCAUAUCUCGACGCUCAAGCCGCACUGACUUGAAGUGCCACCGUGCAAGAUGACCACCAAUGGCCACACCCAACCAAUCGACUUUUGCACUCUCGGCAUGUUCAUAAUCGAUGAGAUCCACCCCGCCCCUUCCUCUCCAGAUCAGAAGCCCCACUACAACAUCCCCGGCGGCGCGGGAACGUAUUCAGCACUCGGAGCGCGCCUCUUCAGCCCUCCACCCACAUCCUCCCGUUCAGUCGGCUGGAUUGUCGACGCCGGCCCCGACUUUCCUCCAGAACUGCGAGAGACAAUCCUUUCCUGGCAGACCGGCGUGCUGCUCCGUCCACGGGACCAGCCCACCACAAGCGCCUGGAAUGGAUACGAGGCCAAUGAGCAUCGCGCAUUUCGCUACCUGAACGAGAAGAAGCGACUCACGGCUGAGGACUUGACGCCAGCACUAUUGAGCGCACGAAGUUUCCAUCUCAUAUGCUCUCCCAUCCGAUGUAUAAGUCUCGUGCAGCGGAUUCUCGAUCGCAGGAAAGCCGAGACUGCGGUCACUGAUGCGCCCAUCUUCAUCUGGGAGCCGGUGCCUGACCUUUGCAUUCCCGACGAGCUGGAGAACACGUACGAAGCGCUGAAUCAUGUAGACAUUGUCAGUCCGAAUCACGAAGAACUGGCGUCGUUGUUUGCAUACAAACAGCCCGAAACGGGAGAAGUGGACAGGGGAGCAGUGGAAGGUCAAUGUCAGGAUCUGCUCGCACGAUGCAGCGAAAGCAGCAGACUGAAUGCAGUAGUCGUGCGGGCGGGAAAGGAAGGCUGCUUUGUUGCGAGAAGGAAAACAAAGCAAUGGCUACCCGCCUACCAUCAGGACUCGAGCAACGUUCUUGAUCCUACCGGAGGCGGUAAUGGCUUCCUAGGCGGCUUCGCAGUCGGCCUCGUGCGAAAUGAGGGAGACGUGAUUGAAGCGGCACGCUGGGGAAGCGUGGCAGCAAGCUUCUGCAUCGAACAGAUUGGCUUGCCGAUGUUGAACACCAUCAUCGCAUCGGCGACGUGCGUUGACGAGGUGUGGAACGAUGAAAGCGUGUCGGACCGACUGAGCGAGUACAAUACACGGAUAUGA